AUGUUGACGGUGGCAAAAGGACCAACAACAUAUGAGGAAAUCAGGACCGUGGAUAACAUUCAGUAUGAUACAUUCAGAGAUGCAUGCUUUGCAAUGGGAUUUCUUGAAGACGACAAAGAAUACAUAGCUGCUAUAAAGGAGGCAAGUCAUUGGGGGACUGGUCAUUUUCUUCGAAAACUGUUUGUUAUCAUGCUUUUGUCUGGUGCUGUUAAUCGCCCUGCACAUGUUUGGAAACAAACUUGGCUCCUAUUAUCUGAUGGUGUCUUACAUACACAAAGAGCAUUGGCUGCUAAUCCAGAAUUGGACCUCACACAAGAAGAGUUACAAAAUUUGACUUUAAUAGAAAUUGAGAAACUGCUUCAGGCAAAUAGAAGGACACUAAAGGAUUUUAGUCCUAUUCCAUAUCCGGAUGCUUAUGUUCUUGAACAGUUGGGAAACAGGCUCAUAUAUGAUGAGCGUAAUUAUGAUACAGCAUCAAUGAACUCAGAAUUUGAAAAUCUGUUUGCUGCUCUUACAGGUAACUAUUGCGUCAAUUAAAUUCAUUUUAUUUUACGCUUUGAAAUUCUAUGAAUCAAUUAUUCUAACACCGUUCUACAAUCAAUAUUAUGUUCCUAAGAUGAGCAAAGAAGUAUUUAUGAAAAAAUCAUCCACGCUGUGGAGUCUCAAAAACCUGCGGUUUUCUUCCUUCAUGGUUAUGGUGGUACCGGAAAAACAUA